AACAUACUAAUUGUUUACCUUGUUUUUAAAAAUCGUAUAUUUUACAUGCUAAUUAGACUGUGUUGCGGAAAGCAUAUAUUAAGAAUAUUUCUUAAUAUACACAUAACAUUUUUUUAUUAUAAUUAUUGUUAUUUAUUGGGUUAAACUGGUCAGUGAAAAUGGUAUCAAUUGGUCGUGGUCGUGGAUGGGCUCAAAAUGAUAAAAACUCAUUACCUCAGCCAAGAAGAUUAUUGUGUACUGAUGAUGUUAAUUAUAUUGAUUUUUUUAAUUUAAUCAACUUCGUUCAUAAUAAAAAUAUAGAACAAUUAAUUGAAGAGAUAGCAAAAUUUAUCGAUGAGAAAACGAAUGAGGAAAACUUAAAAGAUAUAAUUGAUAAACUUCACAAACAUGCUUUAAAUCAUAGAGAUUUUGGGAAUAAAUUAGCAAUGAUAUAUAAUUAUCGUGCAGUUAAAAAUAUAUAUGAUUCUAACAAUCAAUUUUUGUAUAAGUACUUAAUAAAUCAAUGUCAAAUGGAUUAUGAAAGAAGAAAAGAAUUGAGGGAAGAAAACAUAGUCCACUUUCAUAAUGCUAUUUAUUUAUUUUCUAAGUAUAUGUCAGGACAUAAGUACAGCAAACUCCAAUUUGCAUUGUUAGAUUAUAUGGAAAUGUUAUUAGAAACAUAUUCUUCAGAGGACAUUGAACUUUUUAUGGAACAAUUCAUUGAACAUGGGAAGCAGUUACAAUUUAUAUUUCCAGAAAAAGUAAAUGAGUUAAUGAUUACUGCAAGACAAAUUUUAAUCAAAGAGAAUAUUUCUGUCACAUCUCGACAAAUGUUAUUGUAUGCAAUAGAUUUAGAGAGCAGAAAAUUUAAACGAUUGCCUGGCAGUUUGCAUAACUUUUAUAAAUCACAAUUGGAUAAAAUUGUCAUAUAAGAAUAUAAAUAUGUUAAUUUUCUAUUGCAAGUAAAAGAUGAUAAUUGCAAAUGAAAAUUUAAUCCAA